GGGGCUUCUUGUUCCUGUAAACAACUAAGGAGAUGCGCUUUGGACCCGCCGUCGAGACAUUGCAAGGAGUAUCACUGAAAGCCUUCUUUGUGACAGUAUUGCUGAGUCUGUUGAUGCUCCCACUGUUGAGGACCGUAGGACUGCGAGCGUUCUCCAUGGCGUCGGAAACCUAUACUUCGGGCACCCACUCUGCAGCUUUUGUCACCUGCCCUAAUGAUCAGGUGGCCAAAGAUCUGGCCAGGGGAAUUGUGGAGAAGAAACUAGCAGCCUGUGUCAACAUUGUGCCCAAGAUCACAUCAGUAUAUGAGUGGCAAGGAAAGAUUGAAGAAGACAAUGAAGUGUUGUUGAUGAUUAAGACCAGGAGCUCAAAGAUACCAGCGCUGGCUGAAUACGUCAGGUCAAAUCACCCAUAUGAAGUGGCUGAAGUUAUCAGUACACCUAUUGACCAGGGAAACCCUCCUUACCUAAAGUGGAUUGGCGACGUUGUGCCUGAGUGAUGGUCAACCAGUACCGCUAACGGUAUUCUCAGAUAAUCCCAAAUAACAGUGCUUUGGAUUGCAUUAUUCGGACUCUUUCAGUUAGACUUGAAAAUGGCUCGCUCUAAUUUCCUUUGUUUCUCUGUGUAGUUGAAAAAGCAAUAAAACUGAUGAUAUUUUCA